AGCUGAUUUAACAUCAUGCAGUGUUUACCUUUAUGUCGGGCAACGAAAAUGUUGAUCGCUGAGCGGUACUGGAGGCAAUUCAGAUGAUGUAUGACACUGCAAUUGAGUGGUAACCCGGGAUUAUCAUUUGUUCAUUUGGAGUCUGAGCAAUAAGUCAUGGCCUACAUAGAAAUGAACCACGAUGCCAUCAACCAGCCAGUCAACUUCAGCCCUGCACCUCGUCGCCAUCUCAGCCUGGACUCUGUUGCCAGCAUCCAGGGCUCCUUCUCCUCAGAGGAAGAGUAUCACUUCACCGACUCAUCCCACCCGCCUCAGAUGCUUGCUAGUCUCAACUCCCUCCGCCAGACGAGUCUCUUCUGUGAUGUCAUCAUUUGUGUUGGUGGUCGUGAAUUCCCUUGUCAUCGUGUUGUGCUAGCAUCCUUCAGUGCCUACUUCCGUGCGAUGUUUGCCUGCAACCUGGUUGAGAGCAACCAGAGAAAAGUGACUCUGAAUAACGUUGAACCCGGCAUUGUGGAGACACUUCUAGAAUUCGCCUAUACUUCGGAAAUUCUCAUUACGCAUCAGAAUGUUCAGUCACUGCUAUCAGCUGCCAAUCUGUUUGAGAUCUUGACGGUCCGGGAGGCCUGCUGUCAGUAUCUGGAGCGCAACAUGGACGACAGCAAUUGCAUAGGCAUCCACUGUUUUGCAGAGGCCCAUGACUGUAUUGAGCUGCAGGAGAAGUCAAAGGAGCUGAUCCUGCGCUGCUUUCCUACAGUGAGUCUCCUGGAUGAGUACCUUCAGCUGGAGCCAGACAAGCUGCAGGAGCUUCUGCAGGACGACGACCUCAGUAUAGAACAUGAGGAGAUGGCCUUCGAAGCAGUCACUCAUUGGCUUGAACAUGACUUAGCGUCACGAAAACAACAUCUGGCCAAGCUCCUUUCAGCAGUCCGGCUUCCACUGGUCAGUCCGUACUACCUGCAUGAUGUGGUGGAGCGGAAUUCCACGGUUAAUGAAACACCGGCAUGUAGGCUGCUGGUGGAUGAAGCCAAGGCUUACCACAUGAUGCCUGACAGACGCACAGAGCUUCAUACUGUCAGAUGUCGGCCCAGGAGAUGUGCAGUCAUAGUUGAAGUUCUCAUCUCAGUUGGCGGAGAGGAUGAUAGAGUCAUCUUGAAGAAUGUUGACACAUAUGACCCAACCACCAACACCUGGAGGACAGUGGGUUGUCUCCCCUUUGCUGUCAGCAAGCAUGGCCUGGUUGUGGCAGGGGGAGACUGCCUCUAUUUGGUGGGCGGUGAGACUCCUGAUGGUGUGGUCACUUCUGAUGUGUGGUGCUGUGAUUCAACUUUAAAUACCUGGAAUCAACGCCAAAGUAUGAACAACGCUCGGUCUGAACUAGGUUUGACAAACUGUGAUGGCUUCAUCUAUGCUGUGGGAGGAUGGGACGGUCACAGUCGACUGUACUCCGUGGAACGCUACUGCACAACAACCAACACCUGGACCUACGUAACACCCAUGAAGAUGGCGCUCACAAGCCCAGCAGUUAUCUCCCUUGCAGGAUUUGUGUAUGUCACUGGUGGGGCUGUUCUGGAAGAUGGCGAUGGUAUUGACAAAGUUUCUCGGUACAACCCACGCACUGACACCUGGGCAGAGAGGGCGCCCAUGUUGAUUGCACGGUCAGGGUCCCAAGCAUGUGCCCUGAAUGGCUGUAUCUAUGUUGUGGGUGGCUGGCAUGCGUCCACUGAAAACACCAACAAGAUGGAGUGCUAUGACCCUGUGACAGACACCUGGUGUCAGAAGGCGUCCAUGAAUGAGCGGCGAUACCGACCUGGGGUGGCUGUGGUCGGGGGCAAGAUCUAUGUGUGUGGCGGCGAGGAGGGGUGGGACCGGUAUCAUGAUACUGUGGAGUGCUACAGUCAGGAAACAGACAGCUGGGAGAUCGUUGGGGAGAUGCAUAUCAGCCGCAGCUGGCUAGGUUGUGUUUCCAUGGUGAUGAGGAAAGACAUGGUGGAAGAGAGGUCAUUGUUUGAGGAGACACUGCCAAGUCAUCUGACAAACAACAUUUGAUGAAAAGUUUCACAAAUUAUCUGGCAGCGAACUAUCAAUUUCCAGUUGACGUCUGCUGUGCUAUCAGGGGAGGUAAUAUAAAUCUCUGUGAGCUGAGGCAGUGUAUAUCUUGAGAAAACUGCUGUGGUCCUCACUAGGUCAAUGGGCAAGGUUGGGACACCUCUCCUUUUUUGCAGACACUUUACAUGUCCACCCCGCCAUGAUGUUGCUGGAAUAUUGCUAAAAGCAAAAACUAAACUCACUCACUACAUGUCAACCGUUAUGAUUAAUUUAUGUUGACUCUGAGUAGAAACGAUCCCCUACGCUGGUACGUAAGAGGUGACAUAAUGGUUUGUGUGGCAUGUGACGUGGAUGACAUCAUGUCAUUGUACCCCGAUGGCAUAGAUUGAUGCUCUUUGUAUCAAUCACUGAAGAUUCAAGUAUCUACAGACAGCUGUUAUAUGUCAUGAACAUCAGUGCAAGGCUAAACAACAAAAACACACUUGAAGGAGCAUCUCGUUCAGUUUAUAUUCACUGCAUCACUGCAUGUGUUGUCCACAGCUGAAUCAAAGACCAGACAAACCCAUGCCUCAAUACUGAGGGAUUUCCAGCAUCCUUUCACAUAGAAAUCUAAAACGGACACAGAGAAAUAGAAAGAGGUUCCACGGGGAUGCAGGAUGCAGUGACUUGUAUGCAUGUUUAGAAAUGAAUGUACCAGUGACACCCGGGUUAGAAUUGAUCUUCAGUAACCCAUGCUUGUCGUAAGAGGCGAGUAACGGGAUCAGGUUGUCAUGCUCGCUGACUUGGUUGACACAUGUCA